AGGUGUGGAUAUAGAUAUUUAUGUGUAUGCAUGGUAUGGAACUGAACAGUAAUAAAGACAAGUUCAAGCUUGCUCACAUUUGUGGGCUCAGAUGUGAAGCGGAAUAAAACUUUGUUCUUUACUCUGCUUUCAACAACAGACUGAUAUGUACAAGUGAAGGGACUCAAGCAAUCAGCAGAACAUGAGCAGCAUUCAGAUGGAUACAGAAGGACUGCUAGACGUGGCCUAUGGGGAUGAGAUGCGGCAAAAAGAAAUGUGUUUGCGACCCCAGUCUGUAUUUCUCAACCAUGGGUCAUAUGGAGUAGUACCCCACAGAGUUCUAAAUAUUCAGAAAAGGUUUAUGGAUGAAAGAGAGGGCCACCCUGACCAUUGGUUUCGUCGUACAGCAAAGGGCUACUGGCUAGAUGCUCGAAAGGCAGCUGCAGAAUUUGUGGGAGCUGAUUCGGAAGAUGUUGUUUUUGUCAGCAAUGCCACCACUGGUGUCAAUGCUGUCCUGCGAUCACUUAAGCUGCAGGCUGGAGAUGCUAUCUUAGCUACAACAUUGACUUAUGGGUCUCUUCGUAAUCUGUGGGUGGAUCUGGAAGAGCGUAUCUACCCUGAAGGUGUUCAGUGCCUGCUAAUGGAAAUCAAGAUACCAAUAUUGAGUGAGGACCAGGUGGUGAAGCAGUAUGAUGACUUCCUUACCAGCCAUCCUAAUGUCAAGUUUGUUCUGAUUGACCACAUCACCAGUCCCAGUGCCAUUCUCAUGCCCAUUGCACAUCUGAUUCCUGUGUGUCACAAGCAUGGUGCCCUGGUGAUGGUUGAUGGUGCUCAUGCACCAGGCCAGGUGCAGCUGAACCUUAACACUCUAAAUGCAGACAUGUACACAGGUAAUUUCCACAAGUGGGUGUUUACUCCUCGAGGAUCCGCCAUCUUAUGGAUAAGGAGAGAUCACCACCAGUGGGUGAACCCUAACAACACAUCUUGGCUCAAAGACCAGAGUCUUAGUGACCAGUUUUUUGACCAGGGUACACGGGACCACAUCCCGUUUAUAUGUGCCAAGUAUGGCUUGCAGUUCUAUCAAGCCAUUGGUGGGAUGGAGAAAAUAGUUGAGUACACAUCAAAGCUGGCCACAGAAGGUCGCGACUACCUUGUGAAAGAGCUGGGUCUGACCCCUUUGUCCAUACCACCAUCAAUGGAGUCUCCAAACCUACGACUUCUGAAGAUCCCAGGAGUGCCUUCAGGCUACAGUAGCAAGACUAACAAAGUGGAUGUACAACGUCUAGAGAGAGAUAUAUACCAAAAUGAUGACAUUCAAACCAUAUUUGAUUUAGUGGACGGUGCCUUGUAUUUAAGAAUCUCUGUGCAGAUUUAUAAUACAAUGGAUGACUUUGUCAGACUUGCUUCUGUCUUAAAGAGAUAUCUGAACAAUAAUGUUGUCGGGAACUAAAGAACAUAAUACAUCAUUUGUUCUUCACUGGUACAUGUGGAUUGAAGUGCAAAGUCAAAGACAAAUGAAGCAAAACAAAUUCUGUUAAAACUGCAGAUAUGGCAAUUAAAAUUCAUUUUGGAUGAGCA